AUGGGGCUAAAAGUGAGAAGUAUAGUGUAUACGUUACUUACGUAUACAGCAUACACAGCAUAUAGUUAUAGACUAACACAACAUGUGAUUGUUGAACGAGAAAAAUUGCAUGAAUACGGGAUAGACAAGAGGUUUGAUACGUUAGAAAUACUUGGUCGUUUCGAAAAUCCUUUUAAAGAGUACCGACCACAGACAAUCUAUGAAUUUUUCGUUAUGAGGUUGAUUGAGCUGACUGAAAUAGGGAAGAAGAGAGGCAAUGUUCCUGAUGAUAUGGAUGACAGGAAAAAAAGUUUGGGUUGGAUGAAGGCAUCUGUAGAUAAGAUCAAAGAGUUGGGGGAGACAUGCAAUGAUAAAGUUGGAUAUACAUGGUUAGGGCAAAGCUGCGGUAUUCUACAGUCUGGGAAUAAGAUGUUUCUAAUGGAUCCACUAUUUGAAGAUUGGAUUGUCAACAAAUGGGUCGGACCAAGAAGAAUUGUACCGAGCCCAUUAAAUAUCGACGAGAUGAUGGAGUUGAGUCCAGACUAUGUAGUUGUUAGUCACGAUCAUCCCGACCAUCUUGGCGAUGAGACAACAAGGAAAUUUUCCCAGUUGGAUUUGAAAUGGAUUGUGCCAUUUGGAGUCAAAGAUUUCCUUUUGGACCAUAAUGUUAAGGAGGAAUCCAUUAUUGAAAUGAAAUGGUGGGAGAAGCAGCAACUUGAUUCGGAGUUUGAGAUUGUUUGUUUACCUGCGAUGCAUUGGUCGGGAAGGAAACUAUACGAUGCCAACCAAUCCCUAUGGAGUAGUUUUAUGAUUUUGAAAAAAGGCCGAUCGAUUUUCUACCAUGGAGGAGAUACGGGAUAUGUCGAUGGACUGUUCAAAAAAAUCGGUGACAAAUAUGGUCCAAUUACACUUGCAGCCCUUCCCAUUGGGCAAUAUUGUCCUGAGUGGCAUCAGAAACCUAGACAUAUUAGUCCAUUGGAGAGCAUCAAGAUGAUGAAGGAAAUGAAGGUUGAAAACAUGGUGGGAGUUCAUUGGGGGACAUUUACUCUAAGUUCGGAGGAUUAUCUAGAGCCCGCUGACAAGUUGACGGAGAUCAAUGCCGAGGGUGCAACUGUUCCGCAACCUGGAUUCACCAAUAUAUACAAUAUUUCCAAAUAG